UAUUUAGAGAGAGAAUAUAUAAAGUAGUGUAACCGAAGUGUCUUGACCUUCAUCACUAUUCACAACAGCUUACAGAAAGAAUCUCUCUCCCUCAAACCGCACGAUGAACAAGCAUCACAACACUCUCUGAUCUCAUCUCAUCUCAUCUGGGUAUCAAUAAUUUAUGCAAUUAGGUCAAUUUGCAUGACAAAAUGUGUUGGAUUUUGACCUAGGGUUAGGAAUUUGGGGGUUUUUGGUUUUGUAUGAAGAUUUGGUGUUGGUUAUGUUUUGGGGAAGAAGAAGAACAUAAUAAUAAUAAUUAUAAGAGAGAGGUGGUGAUGGAGAAGGAGGGCACGUUGGUAAUUAAUGAUGUGGAUGAGGGUAAACAUGAGGAGCUAGGGUUUUGUAAUUUUGGGGGUGAUGAUGGAGAAAAUGUUCAAAUGCAAUUGGGGAGUUUAGAGGAGGGUUCUUCUAAUUUGGAUGUUGGUUUGAAUUUGGGUUCGUCUUCGUUGGCUGCUGGUUCUGAAAUGGAGGGAUUGGAUCGUGGCGGUCAUUGUAAACGGCCGAAAGUUAAUUCCUUGGCAAUGGAAGGUGAUACCCCUUUUGUACGAGUGCCUGCUCAAGAAAGCAAUCCUUUCGGUUUAAGUGAAGAAGAAUACGAAAGAAUGGCUGCACAGUACCUUCAGCCUGUAUCUGAUGGUGAAGAAACGGACCACCUUGUUGACUCUACUAGUUGUGAGGUGAAUGAAGAUGACCAGGUGUCUGCAGAGAUAAAUGAUUGUGACAAUCGAAUGGAUCUAACCGACGACUUGUUACAUAUGGUCUUUUCUUUCUUGGACCACAUCAAUCUUUGUAAAGCUGCUAAGGUUUGCAAGCAAUGGCACACUGCCAGUGCACACGAAGAUUUCUGGUGGUUCUUAAACUUUGAAAAUCGAAACAUAUCUCCACAACAAUUCGAAAGUAUGUGUAGUCGAUAUCCGAACGCCACUCGAGUGAACAUAAAAGGCGCACCUGCUAUUCAUACGCUUGCUAUGCAAUCUCUUUCUUCACUAAGGAAUCUUGCAAUGUUGACUUUGGGAAAAGGUCAACUUGGGGAGCCCUUCUUCCAAGCUUUAACUGAUUGCACCAUGUUAAAUAGUUUAACUGUGAUUGACGCUGUUCUCGGUAACGGGCAUCAAGAGAUACCCAUAUACCAUGAUAGGUUAAGACACCUUCAAAUUGUGAAAUGUCGCAUGGUCCGCAUUUCUGUCAGGUGUCCCGAACUUGAGACUUUAUCCUUGAAGCGAAGUAGCAUGGCACAUGCUGUCCUGAACUGCCCUCUUUUACGCGAUCUCGAUAUAGCAUCUUGUCAUAAGCUUCUAGAUGCUGCAGUACGGUCAGCAGCCACAUCAUGUCCGCUCUUGGAGUCCUUAGACAUGUCAAACUGUUCGUGUGUUAGUGAUGAAACAUUACGUGAAAUAUCACUGAUUUGUGAGAAUCUUCAUAUUCUAAAUGCCUCCUACUGCCCAAACAUCUCACUUGAGUCUGUAAGGCUGCCAAUGCUGACCGUUCUCAAGCUUCAUAGUUGUGAAGGCAUUACCUCUGCUUCUAUAGCUGCUAUAUCUUAUAGUUAUGUGUUGGAGGUUUUGGAGCUCGAUAACUGCAGCUUAUUGACAUCAGUCUUCUUGGAUCUUUCUCACCUGCGAAAUAUCAGACUCGUACACUGUCGCAAACUUGUGGACGUGAGUUUACGGAGCAUGGUAUUAUCUUCCAUUAGAAUCUCGAAUUGUCCUUUACUCCAGAGAAUCAACAUCACAUCAAGCUCACUACAACAAUUAAUUCUGCAGAAACAGGAAAGCUUAACGACAUUAGAGCUACACUGUGAAUGUUUACAAGAAGUGGACCUAACAGAUUGUGAAUCUCUGACAAAUUCCAUAUUUGAGGUUUUUAGUGAUCGCAGUGGAUGCGGAUGCCCCUUGCUUAAAUCUUUAAUUCUUGAUAACUGCGAGAGGUUGACGACUGUGGUUUUUAGCAGCGGUUCUGUAAGAAGUCUUUCGUUUGCUGGUUGCCGUGCUAUUACUUCUCUUGAACUCACUUGCCCUAAUCUUGAGCAAGUCACUUUGGAUGGAUGUGAUCAUCUUGAAAACGCAACCUUUUGUCCUGUUGGACUUUCAUCUCUUAAUUUGGGAAUCUGUCCUAAACUUAAUGUACUCAAUAUUGAUGCACCAAGUAUGGUCCAGCUUGAGCUGAAGGGAUGCGGUGUUUUAUCACAGUCACUAAUCAAUUGCCCUUUAUUAAAAUCUCUCGAUGCUUCAUUUUGCAGCCAAUUAAAGGAUGAUUUCUUAUCAACUACUACAGCUUCAUGCCCGUUGAUCGAGUCAUUAAUAUUGAUGUCAUGCCCAUCCAUUGGUUCCGAUGGACUCAUGUCUCUGCGUUACCUUCCGAAUUUAACUUUACUGGAUCUUUCCUACACCUUUUUGCUGGACCUGCAGCCCGUUUUCGAUUCCUGUUUGAAGUUAAAGGUUUUAAAAUUGCAAGCAUGCAAGUAUCUUACCGAUUCAUCACUGGAACCUUUAUACAAAGAUGAUGCUCUUCCCGCUCUCCUUGAGUUGGACUUAUCGUACGGAACUCUAUGCCAUUCUGCUAUACAAGAGCUUAUUGCUUGCUGUACUCAUUUAACUCAUCUCAACUUGAACGGAUGUGUCAACAUGAAUGACAUGAACUGGAAUUUGACCAAUGACCAUGAUUUUAACCUUGACGUUGACAUUGACAGCCAGCCUCAUCUUCUGCUACAAAAUCUCAACUGUGUGGGUUGUCCUAAUACUAAGAAAGUAAUCAUCCCUCGAUUGGCGCGUUUUUCUCAUCUCUCAUCGUUGAAUCUUUCGUUAUCUGCCAAUUUAAAAGAUGUUGAUUUGGCAUGCUCUAAUUUGUGUUUUCUCAAUUUAAGUAACUGCUGCUCGUUGGAAAGUUUGAAGCUAGAGUGUCCAAGAUUGACUACCCUCUUCUUGCAGUCUUGCAAUAUUGGCGAAGAAGUGGUUGAAUCUGCCAUAUCACAUUGCAACAUGCUCGAGACUCUUGAUGUUCGCUUCUGUCCAAAGAUAAGCCCACUGAGCAUGGGGAGAUUGCGGACCGCAUGCCCGAGCUUGAAACGUAUAUUCAACAGCUUGGUGCCAGUUUGAUCUAAUCAUGCAUCAUUGGCUAAAACCGAGCCAUGGCUCCUUGUUUGCCCAUCAAGAACAUGAAGCUUUACAUUUCAGUUGUAGAUGUAUGGAUAUGUUUUGGUGUUUUGUUUUUUUGCUCUUUUUCGUGUACUUUGGAAUCUGUCUGUAUUGAACGUUUCGAGUGUAUUUGCAACGAUAAGGUGCCUAGUGCUUGUAAACCGCUUGUCCUGUUAAUCAUAAAAUUGAUGAGCUGCUGAUACACA